AUGGUGAAUCCUUUUGAGAAUGACGCCAACGGCGAGACCGAGUACAGAACAUUGACAUGGCUCAACGCUGGAUUUCUCCUCGUAGCUGAGACCAUCUCUUUGGGUAUCCUCUCUCUUCCUGCUGUCGUCGCCAGCAUGGGUUUCGUGCCUGGUGUCAUCCUCAUCAUCUUCUUUGGCGUCCUCACAACAUACACUGGUUACGUUACCUAUCAGGUCAAGAUCGCAUUCCCUGGAAUCCACAACUUCGCCGACGCUGGUCUUUUCUUCUUUGGAAGAUGGGCCAAGGAAGUGUCCGAAGCCGCUCAGAUUAUUCUCUUGGUCUUCAUCAUGUCCGCACACAUCUUGACCUUCUCCAUUAUGAUGAACGUCCUUACCAACCACGGGACCUGCACAAUCGUCUUCACCGUUGUCGGAAUGGUCGUCUCGAUGAUUCUCUGCAUUCCCAGAACCAUGAAGAACGUCGCUCUCAUGUCGAUUGCUUCUUGCUUGUCCAUUGCAACUGCCAUCUUCAUCGCAAUGAUUGGUAUCGGAGUUGACCCUCCCGCUGGUGCUCACGCCUACGCCGUCACUCCCUCGAGCCAAACCUCUUUCCGCACCGGUGUUGUCGCUGUCGCCAACAUCCUCGUCUCCUUCUGUUCGAACAUCGCCUACUUCGGUUUCAUUUCCGAGAUGCGCCAACCCAGAGACUUCCCCAAGGCCUUGGCAAUGUUGCAGACUUGCACCUGCUCACUCUACAUUGUUGUUGCAGUCGUCAUCUACCGUUUCGCUGGUACUGAUGUCAAGUCUCCCGCUAUUGGCUCCGCCAGUCCCAUCAUCCGCAAGGUCGCCUACGGCAUCGCCAUUCCUACGAUUGUUGUCGCUGGUGUCAUUUACGCUCACGUCGCUACCAAGAACGUCUACGUCCGCAUCUGGCGCAAGACCAAUGUCAUGAACGAGAAGAGCUUCCGCUCACUUGGUAGCUGGUAUGGGCUCACCAUCCUCCUCUGGGUUGUCGCAUGGGUUAUUGCCAACGCCAUCCCCGUCUUCAGCCAACUUCUCGGUCUCCUUGGCUCUCUCUUCUGCACCUGGUUCUCCAUGAUCUUGCCCGCCGCUUGGUGGAUCAUGAUGAACAAGAAGCAGCUCACCAUGAACUGGAAGAAGACUGCCCUCACCAUCGUCAACGUCACCAUUGCUCUCAUUGGUCUCGUCCUUUGCGGCCUCGGUGUCUGGGGCAGUGCCGUUGACAUUUCGCAAAAUUCCGGCAGUGCCAGCGCCUUCUCUUGCGGCGACAACUCAUAG